AUGCUACUACUACGAACCCUCGUCCCGCGUAAUCUCGUCCCAUAUACCAAACCCAUCGCCCCUCUUAGACCCUUCACAACCACCUUUCAUCUUACCGAUAAGCCAUUACCGCCCCGGCUAAAAAUUGACGAUGCCGAUCUGACCAUUUCAUAUCUCAAGGGCACUGGCCCUGGAGGUCAAAAGAUUAAUAAAACCAACUCUGCCGUUCAACUCAUCCACAAACCUACCGGUCUCGUGGUGAAAUCACAAGCCACUCGCUCCCGUUCCCAGAAUGAGAAGAUCGCGCGACAAAUUCUCGCCGAUAAAGUGGAGCAGGCAGAGAAAGGAGACCAGAGCCGUGCGGCGAUCAAAGCUGAUCGUGCUCGGAAGAAGAAGGCUAGUAAGGUGAAGAAGAGCCGGAGAAAGUAUCGCGAACUGGGGAAGGGUCAGGAGGAAGUGCAAGAGCAGGAGGAUCGUGAUGGUGAAGAAGGCCAUCAGGAGCUGGUCGGCGAUGUCUCGUCAAAGCACGCCCCGCCAAACUAGGUGCAGGUCAAAUGAUUUAUCAAUAUUAUGACGGCACGGCCUACAGACUUAUAGAUAUCCUCCUUAUGUCAGACCUUUCU